CGCGCAGGCGCAGUAGCGACUUGGCCGGCGGUGUGUACUAGGGCGAUAUAGGCGGCGGAUCAGGUGACGCGACCGCAUUGCAGAAGGAGCAGCCCGAGGGGAAAGAUGGUGCGGUGCUUCUCUAGUUUGGUUCUCCUCUCCGCGGUGGCGGCGGCGGCCUUGUCAAGUCCCCUCCUACUGCAGAAUGAUUGCACAAAAGGUCCUGAGGUCUGGUGUCGGAACUUGCAGGCUGCAUCUCAUUGCAAGGCAAUUAAACAUUGUCGGCAGACUGUCUGGAACAAGCCCACAGUGAAAAGCAUUCCUUGUGACUUGUGUAAAGAAAUCGUAACUGUAGCUGGAAAGGUCUUGAAGGACAAUGCCACAGAGGAAGAAAUAUAUGCCUACAUGACUAAGGUCUGUGAGUUUCUUCCUGAUCCAGGCCUUGUUUCUCAGUGCAAGGAUAUGGUGGAAGCGUAUUUGCCAAACAUUUUGGACAUGAUCAAAGAGGAGCUUGAUGAUCCUCAGGUUGUAUGCAGUGCACUGACAUUGUGUCAGUCCCUUCAGAAGCAUCUGGCAGAAAUAAAACUGCAGAAGCAGCUUCAAUCUAACAAGAUUCCUGAACUGGACUUCUCUGAACUUGCAUCUCCUUUCAUGGCUAAUGUGCCACUUCUCCUUUUUCCUCAAGACAAACCUAAGCAAAAAUCUCAGGGAAGUGGGGAUGUAUGUAAAGACUGUGUUCAGCUAACUGACAUUCAGGAAGCAGUGAAAACUAACUGCAACAUUUGGAGUCUUCUAAUGACAAGGUCACGGAGUGUGAACCCUGGCCCAGCCUUUGCUGAUACGUGCAAGUCCUAAUCUCCCAGAUCAGAUUUGGCUAUUCAGAUGAUGAUGCAUAUGCAACCACAGGUUAUUUGCCAGAUGGUUGGAUUCUGUUCUUCUGUGAAAUCCGUGCCUCUCCAAACUCUGCUGCCUGCAAAAACUAUCAAACCAGUAAAGGUAGAACCAGUUGAGACUGGCCUGAGUCAAAGAGAAUCUUUCUCUCUGUGUGAUGCAUGUACAAUUAUGGUGGAAGAGGUGGCCAGCCUUCUGGAAAGCAAUAAGUCAGAGGAAGAGAUGGUUUAUGGAAUGGAGAAAGUCUGUUCUGUACUACCUGCACAUCUCCAGGAGGAGUGCCGGGACUUUGUGGAAAUCUAUGGCAAAUCUCUUAUUGACAUGCUUUUGGAAGCAACUGAUCCUAAAACUGUGUGUGUGUUACUGAAAUGCUGUGCAAACAAGGCUUUGCCUGCUGAAAAACUUGUUCCAGUGAAGUCACAGGUUGGGAAUCUCUGUGAUGUGUGCAAGAUGGUUGUUGCUUAUGCAGAUAAAGAAUUGGCUAAGAAUGCUACUGCUGCUGAGAUUGAAGAUUUUCUGGAAAGAGUCUGCCACUACUUGCCCCAGUCUAUUAGUGACCAGUGUGUACAGUUUGUGGAUCAGUAUGAACCAGUAGUUGUGCAGCUCUUAGCAGAAAUGAUGGACCCCACUUUUGUGUGUAGUAAACUUGGCGUUUGUGAGAUAACCACACAGUCUCUUCUGGGGUCAGAGGUAUGUGUCCGUGGACCAGGCUAUUGGUGUAAAAACAUGGAGACAGCAUUGCAGUGCAAUGCUGUUGAACAUUGCAAGCGCCAUGUGUGGAACUAGAAGAAAUGUCUACUUUAGCCAACUUUCUUUUUCAUUCUUGAAGAAACAAGAGGCAAGGGUUAGGCUAGCAAGAGUGAAAUCUUUAUGUCCUGAUCUCCUCAAAGCUCCACUACCCCCAGUCACAAGCUUCUUUUUAUGAAUUGUUUAGUAGCCAUGCGCUAUUCUGGAAGAGGUCUGCACUGUUGACUUAAUGAUAUUUCUGGUUUUAGUUUUAGUUCUUUUGGUUCAUACGAAUGUGAGAAGUUACCUACAUUGAUCAACUGGCUUUGAGUGCCUCUGAGAAGUAGUGCUUAUAUACUCUAUAAGUAAACUAAGGACACGGCUGCCGUGUCUAGAUUUUAAAUUUAGUGACUAAUUUUUAAAGGCACUCUGGCUCGUGAUUUAACUUGGUAUAACAUGUCUGUGAAUACUAGUCAUUAAAACAGAUUGAAAUGAUGCCCUCUUGUGAACAUUAAUUGGUAGCACCUUUAAAUUGCUUUUUUUUCAAACUAAGAGAGAGUAAAAUUAAGAAUUUGACACAGCUGCAUAAACAACAGCAGUAUUUAUUUUCAAUGAAUCUUUCAAAGUGGCACAAAUACGCCCAUAGUGAUUGCAUAGUUAAGACUAUAAGUCUUGAGGCUGUCAAAGAAUUUAUUAGCAUGUGGCCACACAAAAUUUAUCAUUCUCCUGAACUUGGUGGCUCGUGGUCUAUGUAGCAAAAAAUUGAUUCAGGACCUACCAUGCAGAGCACGGUACUUGCAGCAAGCUUUGGACACCAAGCCCAAUACUUUUUAAACUACUUGAGUAGCUUGGUGAAAAAACAAAAGAAUAAAUUGCUAUAAUUAAAAUUGGAAAAUCAAGUUGAUAUGUUCUAGCCAACAUUUGCUAAGUCUGUGCCUCUUCCCUUGCUAAAGAUGUAACUCAUGAUUUGCCACAUCUUUUGGGAAGAGUGUAAAAGUAGGAGCUUGGAAAAAGCAGUGAUGGCAGUGUGGUUGUAAAAGGCUACACUUCCCCAGUCAGAUUUCAGAACAGAUAAGCUCUGGCAUUUUGCUGUAUCAGCAGUUAAUAUCAUAGCAUUUGUCCUGCAAUGCUACACUAUAAGACACAAGAGUCUGUCUUGUUCUAUAGACUGCAUCUAUUUUGCAUGAUUAGCCAUUAUCCUGGAUAGCUCUAGAGGUAAGUUGGAAUGCUUAGGAGCAGCAUGUCAUGUGCUAGUAGUAUGGAGCAUGACCCUUGCUUGAGGAGAGUUCUGUAUGUGUUUGGAGGUAUUCACUCUGUGGCCCAGGUUAUGUGGAGACAGUGCCACUGAUAAUACAUUGCCAGGGUAGGGGACUGUGCCAUUUAAUGUGUCCAUUAGUGGCUUAUAUAUAUAUAUUUCAAUAUAUUUUCCCAACCCUCUAGCAAGCACGCAGACUUCGAAAUUGUAGAAUAGUAGAUGUUGAAAAGAUGAAAGUUCUUAUCCCCCACAACUUUUAUAUGCAUCAGUGUCUAAACAAUUUGUUGAAGAGUAAUAAAACCAUGAAGAGUUGACUGCCCCAGUAUGAUACAGCUAGAAACACAGCUUUGAAAAUCUAAUGUGCUUAGUAAAACUAAAGGUGAAUAACCAGGGAGAGAACUCACACAAGUGGCAGCAAACUCAUGAUUCGUGCAAGUAACCUGUAAUCAUGAUUUUCAUGCAGCUUCAUUGCAUACAUCCUAGAUACAUUUGAGGGCAUUGACUUGAUUUUAUCAAACUGAUUUUUUAAAACACCUGUCUGCUACUUGGCUCUAGGUAAGCUUUUGCUGCUUGGAAGUGAGUAUAUGAUAUGAUGCAGCUACUGUGUUUCCUUCUCCGUUUAUUGCAGGUGUCAACAAUGGUGUAUGCCUGAGAUGGCGAACCUAUGGCACGCGUACCAAAGAUGGCAUGCAAAGCCAUUUUUGAGGGUACAAGGUGGACUGGAAAGAGGAGGCACAAGCAUGCCCCUGUUCCUUCUCUUCCCAGCUGUCCUGGGCCUUCAGCUGUCUCCACAGAGGCAGCUGAAGGCCUGGAAGGGUUCAGGGGGAGGAGAAGGAACAGGCGCACAUCUGUUCCUCCUCUUCCUGGCUGUCCCGGGGCUUCAGCUGUCUCCAGGGAAGUCCUGCCCCUGAUGCCCCAUACUCAAAAGGUUCUCCAUCACUGGUGUAUGCUAAAUACCUUGCACUGAUGAUACAGGGUGAAUAUUUACCUCUCCUUAGCAGUGGCCUCUCUUUUGAGGUUAUCAAACCUUUGAUGUUGGACUGUGUAGUACAGUCAAACCCUUCAGGUUAGGUGCCAUUUUUUAUUUUGGCUUUAAAAAAAUAAUCCUGUAUGCAAAGUUCAGAUUCUUGCUUGUAGGAAAUGAUUCUACAGUCUUUUGCAAUUGGCAUCUUCCAGGGUUUUUUUUGUAUACUAGCAUACUAAAUAUAAUGUUCUAAUGGCAUAAAAACUUCCAUCCUUCAGGUAUGCACUAGUGAAUAAGCAGAUGCUUUAACUAAACCACUCUUAUUUGAUUUUGUGUGUGUGUGUGUGUGUGUUGUUCUGUAAUUCAAAAAUAAAGGUGUAACUAAAUUUA